UACAGUCUGAAGCUUGCCUUCCCCUCUGACUCCUGUGUCUCCUCUCCUGCAGCAUGAUGGGUCUCCCCAGAGUUCCCUGUGUGGCAGCUGUGAUCCUGUGUCUGACAGUGCUGAGCCCUCCAGUGGCUUUGGUCAGAGACUCCAGACCACGGUUUUUGGAAUAUGGUAAAGCUGAGUGUCAUUUCUACAACGGGACGCAGCGCGUGCGGCUUCUGCAGAGAUACAUCUACAACCGCGAGGAGUUCCUUCGCUUCGACAGCGACGUGGGCGAGUUCCGCGCGGUGACCGAGCUGGGGCGGCCGGACGCCGAGUACUUGAACAGCCAGAAGGAUUACUUGGAGGAUAGGCGGGCCUCCGUGGACACGUACUGCAAACACAACUAUGAGGUCUCUGCUAACUUCCUCGUGCCGCGCAGCGUUGAGCCUACGGUGACUGUGUACCCUACAAAGACUCAGCCCCUGGAACACCACAACCUCCUGGUCUGCUCUGUGACUGACUUCUACCCUGGCAGCAUUGAAGUCAGAUGGUUCCGGAAUGGCGUGGAGGAGAAGACGGGAAUUGUGUCCACCGGCCUGAUCCGAAAUGGAGACUGGACCUUCCAGACACUGGUGAUGCUGGAGACGGUUCCGCAGGGCGGAGAGGUUUACACCUGCCACGUGGAGCAUCCCAGCCUGAGCAGCCCUGUCACAGUCGAGUGGAAAGCGCAGUCCACAUCUGCACAGAACAAGAUGCUGAGUGGAGUCGGGGGCUUCGUGCUGGGCCUGCUCUUCCUGGGAGUGGGGCUGUUCAUCUACUUCAGGAACCAGAAAGGACAGUCUGGACUUCAGCCAACAGGACUCCUGAGCUGAGGUGAAGCAACAAGGCUGAAGGAAGGAGUUCCAACCCCCACCCCCACCGCCGGCUCCAUGCCAUGAAAACUUGUCCUGCUUGGUCCACAUUCCUCCAGAGACAGUGAUCUCCAAGGACCUGGCUCCUCCUGACUCUCCACCCUGGAGAUCUGCGCUUCCAAUGGCUGCUUAGCCCUGAUCCAGGCCUUGCAGCCCCCCUGGAACAGAGGCCCCUCUCUUCACAUCCCCUGUCCCCUUUUGUCCCUUUGUCUGGUGCUUCUGAGCCAGUCUGCUGUCAUAUGCUUUCUUACAUUUUUCUCAAAUAAACAAAGAAUGAAAGUCA